UUGGCGCGAAAAUCAAUUAUCAGCAAAAUUAGGUGUUCAAAGUUCCAGUUGGGGCAUCAGUUUUCCGAUCCAAAUGUCGAGCCGACGAGCUUCAAAGCGCAUACGUGUAGAGCAGAAAGAAGAAACAAAAGAUAGGAAAAAACAAAAAAUGGAAGAAAAAGAAGCAGAGGAAUUGGUAGAAAUGUCGACCCAACGAGCUUCGAAGAGACGACGUACAGUGCAGAAAGAAGAAGCAAAAGAUAGAAUAAAGCAACAAGUAGAAGAGGUUAAUGGAAGUUUUAAAAAGUCAGCAGUAGUUGUAUUUGCUCAUGGUGCUGGUGCUCCUUCCACCUCUGAUUGGAUGAUCAGAUGGAAGGAGAUGUUGACCAAGGCACUGAAUGCUGCUGAAGUUGUGACGUUUGACUACCCAUACAUGUCUGGUGGAAAGAGGAGAGCACCCCCCAAGGCAGAAAAAUUGGUUGAUUUUCACUCUAAUAUUGUCAAAGAGGUUGCUGCUAAAUACCCUGGGCAUCCACUGAUCUUGGUUGGGAAGUCAAUGGGUUCAAGGGUUAGCUGCAUGGUAGCUGUUAAUGGCAUCGGCGCUUCAGCUAUCGUUUGCUUGGGUUACCCAUUAAAGGGUGCAAAGGGUGCAACACGAGAUGAAUUGCUGUUACAAAUUGAUGCACCUGUUAUGUUUGUGCAGGGUAGCAAAGAUGGGCUUUGUUCACUGGAGAAGCUGGAAGCUGUAAGAAAGAAAAUGAAGUGUGCUAAUGAAUUAUAUGUGAUUGACGGUGGUGAUCACUCCUUCAAAAUUGGCAAAAAGCACUUGCAGUUGGCUCAGUCCACCCAAGAGGAAGCUGAAAAGCUUGCUGUUCAUGCUAUUGCAACUUUUGUUUCUAAUCAUGUGAAAGAGGGGUGACUUUUAAGUACCUAACUGUAAGAAAUGGGUGAUAUUUUUAAAGUUUUUGUCCAGUUUGCGCAAAGAUGCUUCAUGAAUUCCUCCUUUAGUGUAUAGGAUUAUUUUCCAUUUUUUUUUUUUUUUUUUUUGGAGGGGUUUCUUUUUUGUUUUGUCAUUGUUGUAGCAUAUCUGCAAAUGUUGCUCCCUGUAAAGCACUACUAGUAUUAGUAUUUAAAGCAUUAGCCGCAAGUUAUUUUGCCCA